GGCAUCCCCACCUGUCGUGAUCAUCGCCAUGGCGGACAGCUGAACCCGGCCCCACGGAGCUCACGGGACUUCACAGGUAACUUCACAGUCUCCGUUUCGCUCACCAGGACGACGCAGCCGGGUGGUUUCGAGGCCGAGCGUCUGACUCCGCCCCCCCCUUCGGCUGACAUGAUGGAGGUGGCCGGUCCCUGGACGGAAGUGUUCGACGGCUCUGAGCUGGGGAGCUCCUCCACGCUGACGCCUCUGGUGGCCGACUCCCCGUCCAUCCGGCGCUCCCAGCCCAUCGUCAUCACCGUGAACAGGGCCCAAGGCUCCGCCUCCUCCGUCCCGGCCAUACCCAACCCGUUCCCGGAGCUGUGCGGCCCGGCCAAGUCACCGGUGCUGAUUGGUUCUCUUCCCCCGACGUCCACCAACAAGCACCUGAUCAAGGUGUACGGGGAGGACAGCCACAGCCGCUCCGUGUGGGUCUCCAGAGGCUCCACGGCCAGAGAAGUGUGCCACCUGCUGGUCCAGACGGCCCACUGCAGCGACCAGGAGAACUGGGCUCUGCUGGAGCUGCACCCCACGCUGGGCCUGGAGAGAUGCCUGGAGGACCACGAGGUCGUGCUGGAGGUUCAGGCCACCUGGUCCCUCAAAGGAGACACCAGGUUCGUGUUCUGCAAGAACUACGCCAAGUACGAGUUCUUCAGGAAACCGACGCUCUUCUUCCCAGAGGCCAUGAUCUCCGACAGCGCCGACGUCACCAAAGGGAUGACGUCAUCGGAUCUCAUCCAGAACCUGCUGAGAUCCGGGACGUGUCCAGAGAUUCAGGGCUUCCUGCAGGUCAAGGAGCCCAGCCGUAAAUCCUGGAAGAAGGUCUACUUCUUCCUGCGGCGCUCCGGACUCUACUGCUCCACCAAAGGCUCCUCCAAGGAGCCUCGACACCUGCAGUACGUGGCCGAUCUGGAUGACCUGAACGUUUACACGGUUGUAAACAGCCUAAAACUGUACAGCGCGCCAUCGGACUUCACCUUCUGCAUUAAGGGUUCCAGAAACCCGCUCCGGGUUCAGGACCUGAAGAUCUUGUGUGCCGAGAACGAACAGACUCGGACGUGUUGGACGUCGGCGUUCAGGCUCUUCAAGUACGGGAAGCAGCUCCAGUCUAACUACCAGUUAUCAAAGUCGGCCCCGAAGAACCUGGAAGGAACCCAGCGAGCGGACGUCAAGUCGACGUCUGAGGCGAGUCUGGUGGCCAUGGACUUCUCAGGGAAGACCGGAGGACGGGUCAUCCAGAACCCCACGGAGGCCCAGAGCGCCGAGAGGGAGGAGGGGCAGGCCUGGAGGAGGAGAGAAGCUCUGAGGUGCAGUCUUCCCAACUUGAACUCUGGAGCGAGACCGACCACCAUCCACAAGUCCCAGCCCUGGUUCCACGGGGGCGUGUCCAGGAAGGACACGCAGAGACUGAUCGAAAAGCAGGGCCUCGUAGACGGGCUGUUCCUGAUCCGUGAGAGCCAGCAGCACGCGCAGUGCUUCGUGCUCUCGCUGUGUUACAAGCUGAAGCCCAAACACUACCUGGUGAUCCCUUGCGAGGACGACGGCAGGAAGUACUUCACCAUGGACGACGGCGUGACCCUCUUCAUCGACCUCCUGCAGCUGGUGGAGUUCCACCAGAUCAACAAGGGCAUCCUCCCCGUCUGCCUCAAGCACCCCUGUGUCUGUGUGGCCCUCUGAGGCCCCCCUACCCAAAGGUGCACUGUGAGGCCCCCCCUACCCAAAGGUGCACUGUGAGGCCCCCCUACCCAAAGGUGCACUGUGAGGCCCCCCUACCAAAAGGUGCACUGUGAGGCCCCCCUACCAAAAGGUGCACUGUGAGGCCCCCCUACCCAAAGGUGCACUGUGAGGCCCCCCCACCCAAAGGUGCGCCUCACAGUGCCACACAGACACAGAAGAUGGGCCUCAAGCACCCCCGUGUCUGAGGCCUUUUUACGCCCCCCACCACCACCCAAAGGAGGAGGUGGGGGCACACAGUCGGGACACCUUCGGGUCCAAGAAGCUGAUAAACCUGAAUUCUGUGGAGGUCGAUGUGACUAUUGGUAUCGGAGGCUCUGCCCCUCUUUAGUAUUUCACUUUUUAUUUUUUUUAUUAACGAUGCCUCAGACUUUGAUCUGGCUCUGUGACGCCACCCCCCCUUGUGGCCACCAGAGGGCGCUCCAGUCAAAGCUUUCUUGUCUUUUUUAAACUAACACGCUUUUUUUGUUUUGUUUUUACAUUGUGGUUAUUAUUAUUAUAACCCUAACAAUAACCCAGGUUGCGAUCAUGUAGCGCGUCAACUCCUCCGACUGUUUUGUAUUUAUUUUUAUUUGUGCUUUAUGUACUUUAACCAUCUUGUGUGUUUAUUCAGAACCAGAACUCUCACCGCUGUAUUUGCACAACGAUGGUGAUGGGGAGCUUUUUUUUUUUAUAUCAGGGUUUUUACUGUGGCACAAUAUCUGGGAUGGUAAUGCCAAAAUUAUAUGUAUUUAAUUUCUGAAAUGACGAGUGUAAAAUCAAGUGUUUCUAAAAUGUUUGUUUUACUUUUAAUAUUUGCACCGUUUUGCUUUUUAUCAUGAAGGUCUUUUUCUUAGAAUGUCUUUAUUUUUUAUUAAAAGGGUUUGAGUUUUAUAUAGAGAUGUAUAUAAUGUUCAGACUUGUUUUUAUAUGU